UGAUAUCGUUACGUAAUAGGAAUAUUAAAACCCCUCCUAGUUUCUACCUUAGUUUAGACCAACUCAAAAAAUCACUUAGGUUUCAGAAAAACUGGGCUCCCGCAAAUGUCGAAUCAUAGUCAAAUAGAGAAGAUGUCACUGAAAGACGACCAAGUGAAUGAAGAAGAGGAGGAUAUAGUGAACCCAUGGGAAGUCUCCACACACUCUGCUAAAGGCGUGGACUACGAUAAACUCAUUAGGAAGUUUGGAAGCACUAAAAUAGAUCAUGCUUUGAUAAAGAGAAUAGAGAAUUUGACUGGAAGACCUGUCCAUCAUCUUCUCAGAAGGGGUAUUUUCUUCUCUCAAAGGGAUUUGGAGAUGAUCUUGAACGUGUACGAGCAGAAGAAGCCUUUCUACUUAUACACUGGUCGAGGACCGUCGUCAGAGGCAAUGCACAUGGGACAUCUCAUUCCUUUCAUUUUUACUAAGUGGCUGCAAGAUACAUUUGACGUGCCUCUGGUCAUUCAACUUACUGAUGAUGAAAAGUUUCUGUGGAAAGACCUGACAUUGGAGCAGACCAACCAUUUAGCGUUUGAAAAUGCUAAAGAUAUUAUCGCAUGCGGUUUUGACGUGGAAAAGACCUUCAUCUUUAGUGAUCUUGAUUUCUUAACGAACAGUCCAGCGUUUUACAGAACGAUUUGCAGAAUUCAGAAACUAGUGACCUACAACCAAGUGAAGGGGAUCUUUGGAUUUACGGAUAGUGACAGUAUCGGGAAAAUAAGCUUCCCGGCUAUUCAGGCUGCUCCAAGCUUCAGUUGUAUGUUUCCGGAAAUAUUUAAUGGAAGAUCUGAUAUCCCAUGCCUCAUUCCAUGUGCAAUAGAUCAGGAUCCUUAUUUCCGGAUGACUAGAGACGUAGCUCCGAGGAUGGGCUGUUUAAAACCUGCCCUCAUUCAUUCUACGUUUUUCCCAGCUUUGCAAGGAGCUCAGACUAAAAUGAGCGCAAGCGACCCCAAUUCCUCAAUAUUUGUCACAGACACAGAUCAGGAAAUAAAAGACAAGAUUAACAAGUAUGCCUUUUCUGGAGGUGGCGCCACUGUAGAGGAACAUAAAACCAAGGGAGGGAACUGUGAAGUAGACGUUUCAUAUCAGUAUCUUACUUUCUUUAUGGAGGAUGACCAGCGACUGGAAGAAAUCCGCAUGGCUUAUACGAGCGGUGAAUUAAUGACGGGGUCUUUGAAGAAAGAACUGAUAGAUAUUUUACAGAAAAUGGUCGGUGAGCAUCGUCAAAGGAGGGAAGCUGUUACCGACGAAAUCGUCAGGCAAUUCAUGAAACCAAGAAAACUUAAAUAUGACUAUCCUGCUCUAUAACAGGUUCUCCGUAAACAAGUACACCGUGGAAUGCUUCUGAAUAUUUUCUUUUAUUGACUAUUGAAUUGUUUAAUAUUGAAAAAUUGAAUAUGUUGAUUCUGAGAAGAAAAAUAUUGUAAAUGAUUUUAUCUAAUAAAGUGAUUCUCUCUA